AUGGGAGCUUUAUUAUCGGUACCGUUGAUGGCGACGCCUGCGGUGAGCAUGGUGGGCACGUGGAUAGCCAGUUGUUGUGGAGCAGCAGCGUUUUCGGCGCUGUGCUCGGUGUGUGGAAAGUGCUCGUCCAGUAUCGCCACUAGAAUCGGGUAUGCGGUUUUGUUUCUGGUCAACUCGAUUCUGUCUUGGAUCAUGUUAACGGACUGGGCUGUCAAGAAACUGGAACAUUUAACCCUGGAUUAUAUGAAAAUCACCUGUUUGGGCGGUGAAUGCUAUGGGUUUGUAGCAGUUCACCGAAUCAACUUUGCACUGGCUCUGUUUCAUGUGAUCCUGGCAGGAUUAUUAGUCGGGGUCCAUUCGUCUCGAAAUCCUCGUGCCGGUAUUCAGAAUGGAUAUUGGGGAGUCAAGAUAUUCGGGUGGUUAGCCCUGAUUGUUGUGACAUUUUUAAUCCCCGACUCGUUUUUCGUGUUCUGGGGUAAUCAUAUUGCCAUGAUCUUCUCGUUCAUCUUCAUUCUUAUCGGACUGGUUCUUCUCGUCGACUUUGCCCAUUCGUGGGCUGAGACGUGUCUUUUACAUGUCGAAGAGAACGAUUCUAACGUGUGGAGAUUCAUUCUCGUCGGAUCAACUCUCGGCAUGUACGUAGGAAGUCUGGUGUUGACGAUUUUGAUGUACGUUUUCUUUGCGUCGUCAGGAUGUUCAAUGAACCAGGCAGCUAUCACCAUCAAUCUUGUCUUCACAAUAAUUGUAUCUGUCCUCUCAAUCAAUCCUACCGUUCAGGAGUAUAAUCCUCAAGCCGGUCUGGCCCAAUCGGCCAUGGUAUCUAUCUACUGUGCGUAUCUGACGAUGUCAGCAGUAGCCGCCGAGCCUGAUGAUAAGUUUUGUAAUCCACUUAUCAGAUCGCGAGGUACUCGUACCGCCAGUAUCGUUCUAGGAGCCAUUUUCACGUUCCUAGCCAUCGCAUACACCACGACCCGAGCUGCUACUCAAUCGUCGACCAUCAAGCAAUCCAACAGCUACGAACCACUUGAAUCCGAACAUUCGCUCGUCACUCAAGAACCCUCACGCUCGACAAUGAGAGCCGAAGCACUUCGAUCUGCUGUUGAGUCUGGAGCUCUACCGGCAUCAGCACUCAAUGAAACCAACUGGGAAUACAGCGACAGCGAGGACGAAGACGAUGCUUUCGGCAGUCAUGGUGACGACGAGAAAGGCACUACAAAGUAUAAUUACGUGCUAUUCCACCUCGUCUUCUUCCUUGCGACCCAAUGGACUGCCACACUACUCACUAUGAACGUAGAAGAAGACGCCGAGGGCGCCUUUGUCCCUGUCGGCCGAACAUACUUCUCGUCCUGGACCAAAAUCGUCAGCGCCUGGAUCUGUUUCGCGCUCUACGCAUGGACUCUGGUGGCGCCAGUGCUGUUCCCCGACCGGUUCUAA